AUGUCUUCCCUGCCCGACAACCCCGACGCGCUUUAUGGCGACGUCAUCAUGGACCACUAUCGCAGCCCGCGCCACCGCGCGCGCCUGUCUUGUGCCGACGUCGAAGCCGAGGAGUUCAAUCCCUUCUGCGGAGAUCGCGCUACGCUCCAGCUACGCCUCGGACAUUCCGACGGGGACGGGGCGCCCAUCCAGGCCGUGAGCGCCCUGGCCGAGGGGUGCAGCAUCAUCCAGGCUUCGGCAUCGCUGCUGGCCGACAACGUGCACGGCCGCACCGUGGAGCAGGCCGCGGACCUGUCCCAACUGUUCCGGGACUUGAUGCAGGGCAAACCACUGCCGUCGGUGGCGGUCGCCGAGUUGGGCGACCUGGAGGCGUUGGAGGUGGUGCGGCGGUAUCCGGUGCGCAUCAAGUGCGCCCUACUGCCGUGGGUUGCCCUGGAAGCGGGACUGCGCCGGCUGAGCCAACGCUAA